AUGCCCAGAAAUAUUCGUAAUGGCAAUUUUCGUGGUCGUGGAGGACGAAAUCAUGGAGGCGACAGGCAAUUUUACGAUAGCGCAGCCAAGCACGAGAAUGACGAUCGUGUGGAACGCGGUGGCGGUGGUGACUGGAACGAUAGAACCCGCAAUGAUCGUAACAUGACGGACGUAAAGCGGCGCGUCAGCUUUAAGCCAUUCAGUGGGGGCCGCGGCAAAGGUCGCAUUAACGAGAAUCAAAUUCGGGCUCACAUCAACGAUGAUGAUGAAGCGAUGGGUGGCGAUACCUUCGAUGGCGACUUGCGUGUCCGUAUGAACAAUCGUAAAUUCUAUCGUCAGAAUCGCAGUGGCUCACCGAUCCCUCGUGGAGCCGCAAAGGGAGUAAACAUUAGAAAGAAGAUUUCGCCUUCCAACACAAGCUGGUACGAGGUGAAAAUACCAUAUGGACAAAAGUACGAGAGAGACUUCAUUCUUCGAUCGAUUCAGCAUGCGAUAAGCCCCCAAAUGUUUAUUCCAUUGUACUACAAGACCACGGAUACCUGCGCGUUAUUUUUCGUAGAAGAUUUUAAAGCCGCAGAAGCUAUUCAGAAAGCAGAUCGCACUAUAGAUACGCCUGACGGGCGGCGAUUAAUAUUGCAGGUGCGCAACAAUCACCCAGUAAGCACGGUAAACGAACAGCUGAAGGCUCGUAUGAAACAGGCAAUGGUCAAACGGUACAACUCCCAUACAAAAAGCUUGAACUUAGAGAAGUUCCACGCCGAUCCCGAUCUCAGUGAUAUCUUCUGCGCCUUGUUUCGGCCGCAAAUUAUUCUGGCGGCCAUUGACAUUAUCGCAGAGCAUAUACCAGAGCUAGAAGCUCUCAAUUUAAACGAUAACAAGUUAUAUAUGCUGGAUCAUCUUAAAUCUAUGGCAGUUAAAAUUCCACAUCUCAAGGUUUUAUACCUAGCUAAAAAUCGGAUUCCGUACGUUAACACUUUAGACAGCAUAAAGAACCUAAAGCUGGUAGAAUUAAAUCUGGAGGAAAACCCAUUACGGCAACGUUAUGACGACAAUACGGUUUAUGUCAGUGAAGUACGUAAACGCUUCCCAAAGGUGAUCAAGCUGGAUAACAUCGAUUUGCCGCCACCGAUUAGUUUUGACAUUCCGGAAGAUGAUUUGAAAUUACCAAUUGCAAAGGCAUCAUUUCUGUGCGACGGCGGUGGUGCUGAUCUGGUCCGUCAGUUCUUGGAGCAAUACUUUAUGUUAUACGAUUCUGAUAAUAGACAGCCUCUGCUCGAGGCAUAUCACGAGCACGCAAUGUUUUCGCUAACGGUUAACACAUACCACCAGAACAAUCAGCAAAAAUUGGGUGUUUACGUAUCCGGUAAUCGUAAUUUGAAGCAUAAAACGGAUCUAGAAUCACGAUGUCGAUCAUUGAAACAAGGACGAUUGCAAAUCGUGUCGCAUCUCUCGGGACUGCCACCAACCAAACACGAUCUACAGUCCUUUGCUGUGGAUCUUACACUAUUCACGCCCCAAAUGAUGCAAUUGACUGUAACAGGAGUCUUUAAAGAACGCAAAAAUAAUUCAAACAUCGUACCUCUACGAUCAUUUCAACGCUCGCUCGUUAUUGUUCCGUCACACGGUGGAUUCUGUAUACGCAACGAGACAGUUCACAUCAAUAAUGCUACCCGUUUGCAGGAAGAGAAAUGUUUCAAGCAAACCGAUAGCAAUACAAUGGCCGCGGCGGCUCCCAUAGUUUCUACCGGUAUGGUUCCUGUGUCAAUUCUGCCGGACGAUAACACAAAACUUCAAAUGAUACAAGCGCUAGCCGUGCAAACCGGGAUGAAUGCAGAAUGGAGCAAGCGUUGCUUGGAAGAGACUAACUGGGACUACCCACGCGCAGAAUUUGCUUUUAGCGAAUUGCACAAACAGAAUAGAAUACCUCCGGAAGCGUUUCUAAAGCAUUAAACACAAAGUUUAACGCCAUGUCAAAAGUAGAUAUUUGUUUAAAUCACUUACCUAGUUUAUUUCAACUAUUUAGUAGUUAAUUUAAUUCGUUCAAAGAUUGAAAACAAAGUGACUGAAUAGUUAAUGUUCGACUGAUUCGGUACCAUGUCGUAUUCAUCAACUAAUCGAGGUCAACCAAUUGCUACUUGUCGCUAUCUAUCUUGAAAAAUAGAUAUAUCUUUUCGUUAGCACAACGUAUAAUAUUCAAAUGAAGUAAAAAUAUGGUUGUUGGCUGUCCGUUAAAAUGUAUUGUUUUAUAUAAAUUUAUAUUUUUAUAAAUGAUUUUGAUUUUGCUUUAGAAAUCAUAAAAUGAGUUGUCUCCAUAAAGCAAAGUAACGACGUGUAAAAAUUCUUAUAAGCAUAGCCAGUUUAGCGUAAGUCUGAAGUAAUGGGCGACUGUCGUGAACUGAGGAGAAAAUGUUUGAGAGAACAUUUGCUUUGUUUAUUUUCGCCUUAUUGAGCAGUUUUGCAUGUCAAUUCAAGUAGGAAGAAGUACAGCAAUAAAUGUAAAGUUUCUUUUCCGUUUAACUAAUUAACAACAUCGACAAUCGUGCGAUAGGUUGCGUUAAGAAAGUAAUUGUCACAGUAUCACAUUUAUGACUUGUUGCACUAUUAUGGCAAAACACUGUUUCGAGUUCUUCUAUCUGUUCUUUUAUAAGUGACUCUUAUGAGUGUGAAAAGCUACUUAUUUGGGAAACUGAAGAAACGUAAAAUUCCUAAAUAAUUUGUGUUAAUUUAAGUUUAUUUACAAUAAAUCGAAACGAAUUCAGUGAUA